AUGAGUGGUAGCAGUUUGCAUCACAGAAGAGAGAAUAACGGUCCAGAACUAGAUAGCGGGUAAGCUGUACGAUAGUGGUAUUUUCAGUACGACUUACGUUAUACUAAAAGCUAAGCUUUUAGUUCAUAAGCGUGAUUCACUGAAUAAUAACAUACAUUUAAGUUUCUUCACCAAUCGUCGUAUAAAGAAAGAGCCCGAGCAGUACAAACGCUUCGAGGAUGUGAUAGAACAAGUUGAUCCUUUAGGUAGGUAUCAACUGUUCGCCUGCUUCUGUAUCCUCUUCGCUCAAAUCGAAUGGACAGGUAACCUUUCCUUUGUCAACAUCGUCGGAUCAACCGAGCCCAACUGGAUAUGUGACCAUGGUAACUACACCACCCAUAUACCUCAACCGACCAAAAAUCACUGUGAAGAGGUACGACUAUGUCCCCAGCUGAAGGCGGUCAAAGACUCUUCUGAAUUCAACUCCAUCGUGGCUUCGUUCCACCUGAUCUGUGAUGAUGCCAACAAACCUCAGAUCAUCAACAUCAUCCAGUCCUUCUCUUUGGUAUGUAAGGGUGGUGAUAGUAAGUGUUAGAUGAUAGGAGCUGUUUUAGGAGGUCAUCUGGGAGAUGCAUUCGGGAGACAGUUCAUGUUCUACGUAUGUCAGCUAGCCAUGUGUAUCACCAGUUGUUUGAUAGUGGCAUCUACAGGUUGGCAAGGUUUUGCGGCCGCACAGUUCUUCAACGGAAUCUUCUACGGACUGGUGGAAGUCGAAUCGGUAAGGAAGUUCAGCCAACCUAUAAUAACAUCCUCAUAAAGUCAACUCAAAAUGCCUUUUUUGUAAAUAAUGUUGACUGAAUCCAAUUUAAGCUGACGUUGUUGAUGGAGAUCACGAAUGACCAGUUCAGGAUGAUACCAAACGCUUGCUUCCAAACCAACUUGGCCAAUGUUGUAGUAGCCUUUAUCGCCUUCAUGACCAAAGAUUGGCAAAUGUUCUUCAUCUUCUUGAACCUGGUGAACCUUCCAACGUGUAUGGCCUUCAUGUUGUGGCACGAGAGUCCUAGAUGGCUGUUGAUCAAAGGAGAAACCGCUUCAGCUUGUGAUGUAAGUUUAAAACACAGAGUAUGUUCUAGUAGAUGACUAAACGAUACAAGAAACGGAGGUUGUAAUAAUAACUAGUAUCUUAUCCUCUACCUUAAAUCACUAAAUUCAGGUACUAAACGAUUUGACAGAUCAUCGGUGGAACGGCACACAAGUUAAAUUCACCCCAAGAAACCUCGAGAAGAUCCCAACAGAUACCUCCAAGAAGUUUUACUCCUUCUACGAUCUCUUCAGUAACCGUCGCUUCGCAAAGCAAUCUCUCCUUCAGAUCGUGAGCAUGAUAACAUGUGCUGUGGUUAGUGUCUGUUACAUGCGAGUGAUCAGAGAGUUCAAUGGAAGCUCCAUCCUGAUCGUGCUGUUAGAUGGCUGUGUCCGUCUGAUUAUUCCGAUACUGGUCAUCUUUGCUGACAUCAAAUUCGAAAGCUUCACCAGAAGAAUCCAGUUCCUACUGGCCUUGUGUAAGUAUAAUAUACAAGCCUUAACGGUUGUAAAAUGUCAAUUAUAAGUACUGUUACCAUGUUUUAGCGUUGAUGGGUAUCAAUUUUAUGAUUGGUAUGAUCCUGGUCAUCUGUGGAGUACCGUACAAUAGUGUGGUCGUUACAGUAUUCGUAACUCUUGGAGCCAUGAUCAACGACAGUGUUUUGUGGAUGAAUAUUAUCCAAGUGACAACCCAACGUUAUCCAACAGUAAUCCGUUGUUGUGCUUUUGGAUCCGUAUUUUGUGCAAAGUAGGUUUAAAAUUACCUAACUAGUGACAACUUUUGACUAUAAUUCUAAAUAUUUCUAUUUAAAACCACAUAUUUUGUCUAAAAUCAUCCCUUCCAGACAUAUCGGUACCAUCAUUGGUCUAGUAGUAAUCCCUCCGAUUCUGGAUUCGGCCUUCCCAGGAGGCGCCUUCUUGCUGCCAUUGUUGUUGAUACUGAUAACAUUGGUACUUGGUGGUAUUUUGAUGCCUGAAACAAAGGGAAAAGCGUUACUGGACACGAUGGACGAUGUUGACUACACCAGAGUCGAAAAGGCGUUACCAAAAACGCUGGUUAAGUAAGAAAAAACAUUUGUUACCUAAAAUAUAACUUGAAAAACACUAAAAUAUUUGCAAACACAAUAGUAAAAAGACAAAACAACGCGUUUAAACUGAUUUACAGCAAUAUUUAGGUAACAUACCUAGUUUUAUUUAACCUUAAAUAUUUAGAAUGGCCGCACUUCACAGAGUUAUGCAUCAAGACAGACAGAAGAAGAUCAACGAGGAAAACAAGGAAAGAUACGAUGAAUGGAAGAAGGAGUUACACAACAGACAAGGAGAUACGAACGCGGCAUUCGAAGAAAACGUUACGGAUUCUGAAUAA